AGCAAACACAUCCUUCAUUACUGAGCAGUACAGACUGAAGGAGGACACAGAGUCAAGCCGUGAAAGCGAACAGAUGUGAGCCGGAGAACGAAACGAGAACAAGCUGCAUUAAAGACGGAGAACCUGUGAUUGUGCUAACAUGUGGCAGCCAGCGUCCGAGCGAUUGCAGCACUUCCAGACCAUGCUGAAAACGAAGCUGAAUGUGCUGACACUGAGGAAGGAACCGUUGCCCACGGUGAUCUUUCAUGAGCCAGAGGCCAUUGAGCUGUGCUCCACCACACCGCUCACAAAGAGCAGGACCCAUGCUGGAUAUAAGGUGACCUACCUGGGUAAGGUUACCAUCUCUGGCACACAGUUCCUGUCUGGCUGCACAGAGUCAGCAGUGGUUGGUCUAGUGGAACGCCGGGCCUUGGCACAGCAACAGGGCGUCUGCACCACAGGCAACUCUUUGCUGGAGAUUCGGCCCUUCCAGGUACGCCUUCACCACCUAGAUGACCACAGCGAGGCCUCGGUAACCAUGGACACCUACCAGGUGGCCCGGAUCGCCUAUUGCACAGCCGACCAUAGUGUCCGACCCAACGUAUUUGCCUGGAUCUACAGGGAGAUCAACGACGACCUGUCUUUUCAGAUGGACUGCCAUGCUGUGGAAUGUGAGAGCAAGCUGGAGGCCAAGAAGCUAGCGCAUUCCAUGAUGGAGGCUUUCCGCAAGACUUUCCAUAGCAUGCGCAGUGACGGUCGCAUCCACAAGAGUGGCUCGUCGGACGACUUUGCUGAGGACUCGUCCACCCCUGACGACUUGACCCCAGAUGACGGUUGAACGGAAAAUCACUCCCCAUCUUCACGGGUGACUUGAAGGAUAGACAGAUCACCUGCUUUCUCUCAUUCUCCCCUACUAUCUGUCUUUCUGUUAUCAAUUUGGAAUAAAGUCAACUGACCCUGUGAACCAACGCAGCCAGGAUAAUGAAGUAGCUUUUAAAAACUUUAAAAACUAAAGGAAAGGUAGAUGGUACAGGAGUUAGAAAAAAGACCAUCAUGCAGGGAUAGCAAACAGCUGCCACUUUAAAAAAAAGAAAAAGAAAAAAAAGGUCCUCGAAGAUCCAUAGAGGCCUUUUUAGCACCUCUUUAAAUGGCCUCAACAGAUUGACUAAACAAUUCCAUCUUCAAGCACUGUCACUCUUGCACCCAGCAAAACACUGUUUGUGGUUCUUAAGCUUUUCUUUUUGUUUUUUAUCUCUGUCACAACAAAGUUUAAACUUCUAAACACAUAUUGCUACUCUUGCCAUGUAGGGACCCAGCAGCAAUAGACCUGUGACCUAUUUUGGUUCCCAACACAGAGUUUAAAAGACUGUUGGACCACAUCAAAUCGUUCUCUAUCAUAAUGCCUUGGUAUUAGCAAAUGAAGAUGUGAAAGAAUAGCCUUUAAAGCACUACUCCUCACUAUGGUACCUUAGUCCAACCACAAAAUGAUUUGCUGGCACGGCUGUUACACGUGUGGAUGAUGGAGCCAGAGUUGCUACCUCUGUCUCUGCUUAUUAGGUACUUAUAGGUUGUGAGUAUGUAUGUAAAGGUGCUAAGAGAUUUUACAUUUUAGAAGUUCUCUCUAGGCUGAAAGCCUGCGUCUCUCUCAGACAAAUGUAAUCAUCCACAUAUGGCUUCUGUUUUAAGUAUACCAAAAUCCAGGCUGGAUUAUGCCUGUCAGAUUAUGUGCCUCACUUUCCCCUCAAAUUAGUUUGGUCUCUCGCCCAGGUGUACAUGGCUAUCUGUGUGUGUGUGUGUGUGUGUGUGUGUGUGUGUGUAACUGCUUACUUCUGUACUUUAUGUAUAUGAAUGUAUGUGUGAGUGUUCGCCGAGUGUGAAAGAUAGAAGGUAAGGGAGAGAGAUUAGAGGAGUGUGGACUUCUCAUCGCCCCCCCCCCGGAGCAUCCAUGUUUUUGGUACUUGCAUUUUAAAAAUCAAACACGGUACUGUGACCAUUUGCCACGAUUUCUUACUUCAGUCUUGUUUCCAAUGAAAAUGUAGUCUGAACAGGGCCAUUUCUGAGGUUGUAGGACCCCGAAAUCUCAGCCAUCCAAGGAAACAAGUGGCACCUCCUGGCUUCUGCUGAAUGUAUGAUGCUGUGAGCGCCUCACUCCAACUCUGGUCUAAUUCAGUCUGCCAUAGUCUCCUCGUGUUCUCGCAGAAAAUGAGCAUGCUGGCGUUGACCUGCGUUGCCUCUCUAAGCACCGGAGGCAACGUUUUGGAGCGAAAACUCAAACUGCCAGUUCCAUGCUACUUUUCCUUUUUCUAACUGGACUGUGUCCAACAGACUGGACGCUGUCAGUGGGAGUCGUCUUUGGUCAGUGACUCAAACGGGAAGAUCGGAUUACCUCUGAUCGGCACACACACACACACACACACACACACACACACACCCUACGCACCUACAUACAACUACACCUAUGUACACACACAUGUUGUAUUUGAAUAUUGCUCAAUAAGCCUAUGUAAAUACAAAAUGUAUCACUUUCCAAAAUAUUCCAGUAUAAAUGUUGAUAGCUAUUUUAAAUAAUGAAAAUACAUCGAGAACAUCAUGUGAUACAGAAACAGUGUUAUAAAGCCUACUGUGAAUAAUAAAAAUAGAGAGCCUGA